AUGCCCCAACUUGCUGACCUUGAAGAAAACAAUCCUUUAAUUCCACCUUCACAAAGAAAUAAUGAAGAAUAUGAAGGAUCAAUUUAUGGCGAAGGGAUUUAUUGUCCAAAUUCUCGUCAAAUAUUCAGAAUCUGUACCAAUUUGAAGUCAUUAAUUGAUCAAAUCAUCCCAAUUUGUUUUAAAGAAGAAGAAAUCACUGCACCAGAUUCAUCUAUCUUGAAUGGUCCUGUCAUUGACUUGGUUUACAAAGCUGCUGGUGGGAAAGGAGAUGGCAAAGAAGGUACAUCAUCUCGUAAGUACCGCGCGGCUUUAGUUUUUUGUUUAUUAAAAGUCUGUGACUGGUACUGGCAACAAUCCGAAUUCGAGUUAUCUGAUAAUGAAUUAUUCUCAUUAAGAGCAUUGACUGCACAAACUCUUGCUGCAAUCAUCAUCGAACGUGAAACAAAUGAUAAGUAUUUAUUCUUGAGUAUGUUGUGUCAUAGAUACUGCAUUUGCAUCAACGGUACUGACUCAACUCCGGUUAGUGCAUUGGAAAUGGCAGUUGAUAUGCAUUCAACUAUUAUCAUUGGAUCUUCUGGAUACCAAAGAUGUAUCAAAUGGUUAUGGAGAGGUUGGAUUGUGCAAUCUUCUACUGAUCCUCAUUCAUAUGUAUUGUACAAAGGUAUUGCUUCUCAAUCCAUUAGAACCCAUUUUGAUCCUGCCAGGGUCAAGUCCCCAAUCUACCAAAACAUGUUGGAAAUAAUUUUGAGUAUCAUUUAUUUAAUUGUUUUCACCAUCGUUGUCAACACCCACACCUCAACUACUGAAGGUAUUGACGCCUUUGAAGUUAUAUUGUACUUGUUUACAAUUAGUUACAUCUACGACGAAAUUGUCAAGAUUUAUCACGUUGGUUGGAAUUACUUAGGAUUUUGGAAUGUUUUCAAUGAUAUCAUGUACACAAUCAUAACUGUUGCCUUUGCAUUUAGAGUAGCCAGUGUUUCCCUUUCUUCACAUGAUGCUUUGAGAGCUAGAUAUGACGAAAUAUCAUACAGAGUGUUGGCUUGUGCUUCUCCUAUGAUGUGGUCUAGAUUGUUAUUAUUUUUGGAUGCCUAUAAAUUUGUUGGUGCCAUGAUUGUUGUUUUGAAAGUCAUGAUGAAGGAAUCCAUUUUGUUCUUUUUCUUGUUGGCAGUUGUCAUCAUUGGAUUUUUACAAGGUUUCAUUGGUCUUGAUUCAUCAGAUGGUAAGAAUGAAGCCACUAGAAGAAUCUUAAUCUCAUUGGUCAAGGCUGUUAUUGGCAGUUCCUCCUUUGACGAUAUGGGUAAGUUGGUUCCACCUUACGCUUCAGUUUUAUACUACUUGUACUCGUUCAUGUUGACUGUUAUUUUGAUGAAUAUCUUGAUUGCAUUGUAUUCCACUGCUUAUGCAGCAAUUGUUGAAAAUGCCACUGAUGAAUAUUUUGCAUUGGUUGCUCAAAAGACUUUAAGAUAUAUUAGAGCCCCAGAUCAAAAUUUGUAUGUUCCGCCAUUCAACUUGAUUGAAGUUAUCAUCACCCCAUUAGGUUGGUUUUUACCAGCAAACACAUGGAAAGAUUUAAAUUAUUAUGUAAUGUUGAUCAUCUAUGCUCCUUUGCUUACAUAUAUUACUUCCGAUGAGUUAGUCAAUGCUAGAAGAAUUAGUUACAAUAGAUUUAAAGGAUUACCGGACGAUGCCAAUGAAGUUGAUACUGAAUGGGAUUUGACCGAUGGAUUUGAUGAUUCAACCGAAGGUGAUGAUCACAUGAGUACUAUCAGAGAAAGAGAUCUGGAAAUCAACGAACAAUUAAGGAUUCAAAGAAUUGGCGAACACCAAGAUCCAGAGUUUAUGAUUAAUAUUCACGAAUUUAAUCAAGAAAUUGAAAAGACAGUUAAACCUGUGAAACAAGCUAACAAGAUGGGAGUUAAUUGGCAAAUUUAUGAAGUCAUUGAAAAAAUCGAUAAAUUAACUGCUUUAUUGGAAGUUGUUGUUGAAGAAAACAAGGAAUUAAAAAAGAAGCUUGAGGAAAGUAAGUAA